CUUAGUGAGUUUUGGCUUCUAAAAAUCAUUUACAGCAUGGAGAUUAACCCCAAAUAACAACCAUCUUAAGGUUUAUGGGGUUUACAACCGCAAUACAGAAGGCCUUGGAGUUUCGAAUGUCCUUGUGAAGACUUGUUUGCGGCGGUGUAUGUACUGUACGUAUUGGUUAUUCAUACGGUGCACACUUUAGGCGUCUCUUUGUCAAAUCCCAUCAUAGUCUCUUAGUAUUUGUUUUGCAUCUGCCUCCCUGCCUGCCCAAUCUCACCCAUUUCUUCUCCUAGUAACUGUUUAUAAGCAUUAGUGUGGUUGGUAGUUGAGUAGACAGAUUUUUGAUCCAUCCAACAACAAAAAUAGAGAACACAAAUGGGUGGGAAUACAACUGAAAUAGUUUCCAUCUUCAGUAAUAAUAAUUAUCAAACUCCAAUGAAUGAUGAUGCUGAUGAUGAUCUUGUUACAGAAACAACAGAAGCUCUUACAGAGCUCUCAACUAAUUAUGUAUCACCAUCUCCUGAUCAAGUACUAGAAAUAGUUUUAGAGAACAUACUUCAAUUCAUAACAGCUCGUACUGAUAGAAAUUCAGUUUCUUUAGUCUGCAAAUCUUGGUAUAAAGCUGAUUCUUUAUCUAGAGCAGAUCUCUUUAUUGGGAAUUGUUAUGUUGUUUCUCCACUUAGGGUUAUUAAUAGAUUUGGAAAAAUUAAAUCUUUGGUCUUAAAAGGUAAGCCCAGAUUUGCUGAUUUUAAUUUGUUUCCUACUAAUUGGGGUGCUCAUUUUACUCCAUGGGUUUCUUCAUUUUCAUCUGUGUAUCCGUUGUUAGAGAAGAUAUGUCUUAAGAGGAUAUCAAUUACUGAUGAAGAUUUGGCUCUGAUUGCAAAAUCUUUUGUUGGGUUUCAAGAACUUGUUCUUGUUUGUUGUGAGGGGUUUGGGACUAGUGGCCUCUCAGUUAUAGCCACCAAUUGCAGACAACUUCGAGUACUUGAACUAAUUGAAUCAGAGGUUAUGGAUGAUGGAGUCGAUUGGGUGUCUUGUUUUCCGGAAACUGGUUCUACAUGCCUAGAAUCUCUAAUUUUUGACUGUGUAGACUGCUUUGUGAAUUUUGAAGCUUUAGAACAGUUGGCGGUUCGGUCGCCCUCAUUGAGAAAGCUUAUGUUGAAUCGGCACAUCUCUAUUCGACAGCUCCAGCGCUUGAUGAUUCGUGCUCCACAUCUUACGCAUCUCGGAACAGGGUCGUUCAGUAAUUCGGACAUUGUUAUACAAGGAGAUGGGGGGCAGGAGCUGUUAUCCGCUUUUGCGUCCUCUAAAUCCUUAAUUUGUCUCUCAGGAUUCAGGGAUAUUGUACCAGAAUAUCUGCCUGCAAUAUAUCCUGUGUGUGCAAAUUUGACUUCACUUAAUUUUAGCUAUGCCAAUAUAGAUACGGAGCAACUAAAGUCAGUUAUCUGUUACUGCCAUAAGCUUCAGACUCUCUGGGUACUGGACUCAGUAUGUGAUGAAGGACUUCAAGCUGUUGCAGAGACGUGUAACGAUCUCCGUGAACUUCGGGUCUUCCCUAUGCUUGCCCAAGAAGAUGUUGAGACUCCCGUCUCGGAAGUGGGUCUGCUUGCAAUAUCUGAGGGUUGUAGGAAACUGAGAUCGAUUCUAUAUUUUUGCCAACAGAUGACGAAUGCAGCUGUUGUUGCCAUGUCAAAAAAUUGUCCUGAACUUGUGGUAUUUCGCUUAUGUAUAAUGGGGCGCCACAGACCUGAUCAUCUGACCGGCCAACCAAUGGACGAAGGAUUUGGAGCGAUUGUCAAAAACUGUAAGAAGUUGACAAGGCUAGCUGUAUCUGGUUUGCUUACAGAUGAUGCAUUUCGUCAGAUUGGCGAGUAUGGAAAAUUGGUUCGAACCCUUUCUGUUGCUUUUGCUGGGAACAGCGACACGGGCUUGAAAUUUGUACUCGAGGGGUGCCCCAAGUUGCAGAAGCUAGAGAUCAGAGACAGCCCAUUUGGUGAUGCAGCUUUGUUGGCUGGCCUUCACCAUUAUUACAAUAUGAGAUUCCUUUGGAUGUCUUCAUGUAAUCUAUCUUUGGAAGGCUGCAAAGAGGUUGCAUUGAGAAUGCCACAGCUUGUGGUCGAAGUGAUCAGGGGGGUCCUGGACGAGGAGAGAGAUGAGCUAGGCAAUGUUGAGAAGUUGUACUUGUAUCGAUCCCUAGAAGGGCAGAGGAAAGAUGUACCAAGGUUCGUGACAAUCUUGUAGCCUUAAAAAUUCUGUAUAAGCCAAAUUGAGGAGGAGAAGAAGCUGUGGAAAAGAGCAGCACCGACAAUGUAAGUUACUAUUGGGCAGGAGCUAAUGACAGAGAUCGCAUUUGAAGUUAGAGAAAUGACUUCCAAUGUUUUACAGUAACAGCAUUAGUCAUUGCCAAGUUUAGACCAGUUGGAAUAUCAAAAAUCUGAUUAACUUGUUUUAUGUUGGAAGGAGGUUACAGUUUUGUAGCAUGUACAGUGUGAAGGAACGAAGUACCCAUUACUUGGUCGAAAAGUUGAACUUUGUAUCGUGUAUUCUUGUAGCACUCUUUUCUUUUAA